AGCUUCCUUUCAUUUCAUUUCGCCUUUUAUGAUACUCACUCAAUUGUUCAUUUCGUCUGCGCAGGUCAAAACGUGCUUCGUGAGCGUCAUCAACGAAGAGGAGGACACGCGCGGCGGUGCGGGGCGUCUCUGUGUUGUGUUUUCAGUGCGUCCUGGGCGCUCACCUGUUUUAUUAUCAUUAUAAAAGUGUCUUGCGUAUCCCUGUGCGUCGGUUCUCUGCGUUGGUCGUACAUCUCCUCCUCGCUGCAGUUUACCUCUUAGUAGUAUUACAGUUACGGCUCCUCGAAUAGUCGCAUCACUGAUAUGAGAAAUAGGCAAAAAAAAAGUGUUCAGUGCCGCACUCACGCUUGCGCCAAUGUUUUGCACCCGCCGGCCAAAGGCGGUGCAUGUUGCCGAUGGAGUGUGUAGAGUUGCCCUCAACGGCCAGGUGGAAAGAAAAAGGGCACUCGCCUUACAGUGGAAACGUGUGAUCUUUACGUCGUUGUGUACGAGUCCUCUCUCGCAUUUCGUAUUCCUUUUCUAGAAGGCAAAGUAAAAGAAAAAGUCAUUCAGUGACACCGUACUCCCAUCGGGAAAGCUGUCGUUCACAUUUCCGUUGCCCGACGUACGUCUCCCUCCACGUUCCGCCUCCUCCCUUCUUUCUCCGCACCUCCCUACCCGCAAAACCUUCUUUUUUCGCCUCCUAUUUUCGUUUCAUUUUUCCUAUCAACCUUUGCUGCUUCUGUGUAGGUAUUUAUCAGCGAAGAUGCCGAAGGGAAACAACGCGAUCCCCCACGUUCACCAGAAGAAGCACUGGAACCCGUGCUCUUCGCAGAAGGGUAAUGUGAAGGUGUUCCUGAACCAGCCGGCGCAGAAGAACCGCCGCCGCCGUCUGCGCCUGGUGAAGGCGAAGAAGGUCUUCCCCCGCCCGCUGAAGGCGCUGCGUCCCCAGGUGAACUGCCCGACGGUGCGCCACAACAUGAAGAAGCGGCUGGGCCGCGGUUUCUCCCCUGCUGAGCUGAAGGCCGCCGGUCUGAACCCCCGAUACGCCGCCACCAUCGGCAUUCGCGUGGAUGGCCGCCGUAAGAACAAGUCCGAGGAGGGCAUGAACGUGAACGUGCAGCGCCUGAAGACCUAUCUGAGCAAGCUUGUGCUGUUCCCUGUGAACCACAAGAAGGUGCAGAAGGGCGAGGCCUCGGAGGAGGAGGUGAAGGCGGCCACUCAGGACCGCUCUCGCUUCGGCGAUGCCGCCGUGGGCCCGGUUGUGAUGCCCGCCAAGGAGGCGCCGCGCGCCGUGACGAGCGAGGAGGCGACGAAGAACGUGUACGCGUUCCUCAAGAAGAACCACUCCGCCGUCCGCUUCUUCGGUGCCCGCAAGGCUCGCGCGGCGCGCAAGGAGGCUGCCAAGGAGGACAAGGACUCUUUGCUAUUUCUGUACGAUCACAGCGAACAUGUCGCAGUAGCGAGGGUUUUUAUAUUGAGGGUGAAUUGGAGUGGACGAUGGUCGUCACCGGCCAUCGCGCGCGGAGUAGAACAACCAAAAGAACGGUGCAGAGGUGGUAGAAUCAAGCGAAGGCAACGAGAAAAGGGAGGAGGAGCGCAGAGCAGGAAGGAAAAGUGA